CUCCGAACCACCAUGAGCACGCUGCUUCCCAACGAGCUCCUCCUCGAGAUCUUCUCACGCAUGUCCCGUGUGGACCUGUGCAGCACCUCGCUAGCAUCCCACGCCUUUUGCGCCCUCGCCCGCCCGUUAAUCUUUACCACGCUGUACUUCCGGCCGUACGCCUUUGACGACAAUGUUGGCGUGCUGUGCGCCCCGUCCGGAGCCCAGGAGGAAGAGCUCGCAGCCAAGCUAGCGCUUUUCAGCUCAACCUCGAUUACGCCCAACGUACGCUUUGUCUGGGUCAAUCGGCUGACCUCCUACCCCGGCUUUGCGCGGACGAAGCACCGGAUUCUAGACGCCCCCUUUGUCGACAAUGCAGACACGCAUGCGCUACUCAAGCCGCUCUUUGCUGCUGUCGCAUCGUUCCGCAACCUGCGCUGGUUCCAUGCGGAGCGGAUUCCGUUCACACCCGGGGCUAUCGACGCGCUUUCGCAGUUACUUGGCCUCCAUAAAUUGGACAUCUCGGCCUGCACGCUAUUGCUGCCUCUGGAUAACAUCUCUUUGCUCCACGUGGUUGAAGUUGUUAUCCGCGGGGGCGGCGACUGCGGGCCGUGGCUGGCGUGCAUGUCCCCGGCCAAGCUUACGAGCGUGAGCCUCUCUUUCGUCCCCCAUAUCACCGCCCGCGCCCUGGCCAUGCUGCCCGUCUUCUCGCGGGUGACCCAACUGAAACUCCCCCUCGCCCACGCAGAGCUCCCCACCCUCCUCCCUCCGCUCGCCGCCGCCUUUCCCGCCGUGGAAUCGAUCGAAAUCGACGGCUUUGCUUUCCAGGCCACCGCCGUGACCUACCGCUCGCAGCCUUCUCAGCUGUUUCCUCAGCUCAUCGCACUAGAGUCCGAGUGCGAGGGGGCAUUCGCCUUCCUCCCGCGGAGCCGGAUCACGGACUUGACGCUGCGCAACGCCGAGGCCAAUGAGCUCUGCCUUGCGCUGGCUGCGCUCCCGCCUGGGUGUGCUGAGGCGAUCACGCGGCUGCAGGUGGCGCUGGAUUGGCUCCCCGGCCCCGACGUCCCCGACGUCCUUGCGCACUUCCCGGCGCUGGAGUGGCUCGCGCUGGAGCUCGUGUUCUACGGCGCUGCCGACCGUGAAACGACCGAAUCAAUUCUCGCAUUCGUUACCGCGCUCCCAUCACUCCUUCCGGCUUCGCUUCUCUCGCUCCGGCUGCGGGCCGAGGAGCUGUCCUAUGGCGUGGACGACGAUGAACUUGCUGCUGAAGAGGGGUCGCCGCUGGCUAUUCCGGACACGCGCGGCCUGCAGGCGGCGCUUGUCGUGCGCUGCCCGGCGCUGCAUGCGGUUGACAUCUAUGUCCCGCGCCUCCAGCUGGAGUGGUACGCGAGCAUUGGAUUUGAGACGGAGCGCAUGGGCGGGGCGUAG